AUGGCUACGCUUGGUGGAAAUGGAAUAUUGAGAAAAGUCAAGUCGGCGCCAGUGUCGGCGGCGCGAGGAAUUACUGACAUUCUGGCAAUCGCACGCGAUGAGCGCACCCCGAACAAUCUUGAAGGGCGAGAUGGCAGCGCUAGUAGUUUCCAAGUCAACCAAUUUGCCGAUCGUAAAACAUUAUCCGGGUGGUUUCCCCAGAUACAACAUGACGAACACAGUAGCUGGCGCAUCUGGUUCUCGCGCAGGAGCAGAGCUCUUAUGAUACAGAUUGGUAUAAUCGGCCUCAUCUUGACGACGAACCUCGGGGUAACGAUCUACGCCGUGAGAAGCUAUGGCAGCCGCAAUGGUGUUGGCUUGAUUUAUGAGGGUGAAUGCUCAACCAUCAAGCAACUAGACCAGUGGUUCCAUUUGCUCAUCAAUUUGCUGGGGACCGGAAUGCUUUCCGCCUCGAAUUAUUGCAUGCAGCUGCAGGCCGCUCCCACCCGCGAGAACGUAGACAAGGCGCACGGCAAUGGAAAAUGGUUGGACAUCGGAAUCUCUAGCCCGAGGAACCUGAGAUAUCUCAGCACCUGGAGGCGAGUGUCGUGGGCACUUUUGGCACUGACUUCACUCCCUAAACGUCUCAUAUACAAUUCGGCAGUAUUUCAGUCACUCUCAUCUCACAACUACACUGUUGCCGUCGUUAAGGAUUCAUUCUUAAGCAAUAGCUCUUGGAGUCUGAAAACUGCAGAGUCUAAUCGGAUCGGCGAUAAUGGUUGGGACGAAUCCAGGGUGAACCCCCCGAACGUCAACCCCCAGCAAAUUAUAACUUCGAUGCAGCAAGACGCGCACACCUACGACAACCUCAACAUUUCUGCAUGUUUCAACCUUUACGACGACUACUUUAACCCACAGGGAAACGUCAUUGUGCUAGUGAAGAAUGGGUCUGUGCAGAGCCCCCCAGAUGACAGCUUGCUCAUGUACGUCUCUAUUGUUCCUCGGUCGGACGACUGGGGGAAGAACAUGUGGGCUCUAGGCAAUGGUACCGGUAGAUUUGCAGCGCAGCCGCCUCCAAAACCGGUCAUUACGUGGUUUCUUGGACCUCCGCAUUACGAGGUAUCCCGUUGCCUCGUCCAGCCGCCGGCGGGUCUCAGCGCGAACUGUCGGUUCGAGUAUUCGCCUCCGAUCAUGGUCACAAUCUGCGCCAUGAACCUGAUCAAAGCGGCCCUCAUGCUCUCGAUAUGGGCCCUCAGGAGAUGGCAGGAUCCCAAGGUGCGGCCCCAGGCAAAGGAAGUCUUGUAUACACUGGGUGACGCCAUUGCUUCUUUCAUGAGGACCCCGUGCAAAGAGACAGCGGGAAUGGGACUCACGACAAAGCAUGACUUCUUGACCACUCGCACUCGGAAAGGCCAUUUUGUCAGAUCCCCACCUGAAAUACUUGGACAGGAUGGACAUGAGCCUCCAGCCAGAGCAUUUGAGCCCAGACCGAAGCAAUGGAGAUCCGCUGCUAGCCUCAGACGCUGGGCUUGCCUGCUGACCACGAUGUUUAUCGUUAUCAUCAUCGCGGCCACCCUUCUUGUACUGUCGUUCACGAGCCUGAAGAGGCGAAGGUUUGGAGUAGAUAUUCCAGAACUCUGGAAGCUCGGUUUUGGGGCACUUACUCCUUACACCUACUUGGUGAUAAAUCUCCCUCGACAAGACCCAGGAGGACUGAUUGCCAAUGUUCUCUUGGCAAACCUGCCCCAACUCGUCCUCUCGAUUCUUUAUGUCUUGUACAAUGCAAUGUUGAGCACGUUCCUCGUUCAGCGAGAGUUUAGCAGAAUGUACAAGUCGAAGCACCGGAAGCCCCUGCGGGUUUCCGAGCCUGUUGGAAUCCAGCGGUCGAGUUACUUUAUAUCGUUACCACUCCGAUAUGGGAUACCGCUUUACGCCAGCUCGGGUGUUAUGCAUUGGCUCGUGUCGCAAAGCCUGUUUCUGGCGCGAAUCCGUGCGAUAUCUGCGGAUGGGAGGGACGACGACGUCAACUCCUUUUCAACUUGCGGUUACAGUCCAAUCGCAGUGUUUGUCAGUGAGUUUAUUCAGUUCAUUUGA